CUGGAAAUGAAGACUCGAAGUUGCAUGUUCCAUAUGGACUGGACAAUUGGCUAUUAUUCACCGUGAUGCGACGUCAGCCCACCCUUGUACCUCAUGACGAGAGGUUAUGCGGGGAAACUUGAUGGUCGGGUCCAAUUCCGUACCUAUGUGAUAGCGCUCCCGGAUUGUGACUGUGGUGCACACUCUAUUACCGUCCUGGGUUAUCACUUGGCAGAUGUGAUGCUCCGCGGGAUCCCGGCGAGGAGGGUGGGCCAAUGUGAAGCAGACAAAAAGAUCGAAAUCUGCGGUUGAACCUGCAAAGGUCGCGUGGAGCUGUCUAGAUUACAUGGAACAAGUCAGAGGCUAAUCUGGGGGAGCUUUCUGGGUACCCGUGGACGAGCUUCUCCCCCGGACACAUGUUGUGUUGUUGCGACUUAUCGAUAGCAAGAGAGGAGGUUGACAUUGGCCUCUUCCACCUCUUUCUCAAAGCAAAACUUACUCUCGAGCCCAGAACAUAUCUAGAGGAAAAUACUAACGUCUGUAUCUUUGCUUGACCAUAUAUCCAUAGGCCACGGU